AUGUGCUGGUCUACAGUUGAUGAGUGGGAAGCCAUUGGAUGUUAUAAUAACUUUGAUCACUCUGCUCUUCCUGUCCAUUUCUACACCCCAACUGACCUGGACGUUAAUGAACUCUGGCCAAACCUAAAACCACUGGCAAAGGCUUGCAGCAAACAGGCAGAAAUCAGAAAUUACUCUUGUUUUGGAAUACAAUAUCAACAUGAGUGUUGGGGAGGUAACUUUCAUUUUCAAAUGGAACAAUUGUGUGUGUUUAAACUACUCUGGCGGACCUAAGAGUGUAAGAGGAUGCAGUAUCCCACAGAUUAGUAGUUAAACUUAACAGCAGUUAAUAUGGUGCCGGCAUGUGCAGUUUAACUCAGCUUCGUGAUACUCGUUUUUAAAGCUCUCUAUCUAUAAGUGAUCUCUUUGCUGCAGUCAGCAUUUGAAGAGAGUUAGUAGGGGCUUCUAGAUACUUAAAAAAAUAACUAACUGAAGGCAAAUAGGCCUAUCAUUAUAUUUCCCUAAACUGACUGUUGCCAAGCUUUAAUGAAUGUUGUAUUUGGUAUGGACCUCUAUGGUACAAAAACCUACAAGGUUUUUAAGCAGAAGCUAUUAUAUGCCAUUUAAUACAAGAAUUUUGCCAAAUGCUGAGUCGCUAUGUCGCUCAAAUGAAUUUUUUUUUCGCGUGGUGUUCUUUUUUGAAAAUUUGCCCGGGGAAGGGGAAGGAGAGGAGGAGAACUUGUAAAGCAUUCACAGUAUUUGAUACUUUCGAACUAAUUCAAUGCCAAAGGUUUUUUUUUUGUCUUCAAGUAAAGGAAUCCACUCUGCUAUGACUUUGUGAUACACACAAAACUAACAUUCACCGUAUGAAUAGUGAAAAACUCUUCUUCGGUUGAUAAUAAGAUUCUAACCUGCUUGGUGAUGUUCUUAUUUGGAAUGUAAAGCUUUGUUAGAUGCCGAAAAAACUGAUUGGAAAAAAAUAUAAUAUAGACGAAGAAAAUAUUUCUUUUCGUAUAGGAAGGAAUGCGUCACUUACCUACGAUUUAUCUGGUAAAUCCCGCAACUGUAGGAUUGGUGUAAAUAACUAUGGGGUUGGAAAGCUUUACACAAGCUUCGUUUACAAGCUUAAGCCUGGUAAGUAUAUACCAAGGAGUAUAUUGAACGGCAAAAAAUAUAAGAGCCAUAUUAAAAGACAAAGGGUUAGACGAUAAAAUUAGAGCGUAUUAUUACCUUUGGGAUGGGCCUAAACAACCAAACAAACAAACAAAAAAAGACAGGAGUCUGCCAAGUAUCAUGAUUUGAAUCUUCUUUCGAUUUAUUAUGGUUUCUACCCAUUAAUAAGAGCAAAGCAUAUAGCCCUUCCAAGCAACUCGAUUUAAAAUAAAUGAUGUUGCACGUUGGCUGAAUGUUUCCCUCCUUACCCGCUGACCGAACGUUUAGCGCGCACCUUACGGUUCACGGCUGUGAUGCUUUUAUACAACCUCAGUCAGAUAUUUUUUUAACCAGAGCAAGUUUAUUUCCUGAUUCCCAAAAUUGCACCAUCGCGAUGGUCAUUAUCUCAUUAACCUUUCUUUGUCCAUUUUGAUAGUGAAUGGUAAUUGGUCGGCUUGGUCUAAGUGGUCUUCCUGUUCAAAGACGUGUGAUGAAGGUUCCCAGAAGCGCACACGUGGUUGUACAAAUCCAGCGCCAGCAAAUGGCGGCAAGCCCUGCCAAGCGGGGGUUUCCAUGGAAACUAAAGCAUGUAUUCUGCUACUAUGUCCAGGUUCGAACUGAGUCAGAUGAAACCACAAAAUGUCGUUUUAAGUUAUCCUCUACUCAAAACAUUUCUUUCCAAGAUAUUCACUUUUCUUACAUAAAUCAUCUUCGUAUUCAGUGAACGGCAACUGGUCUCCCUGGUCCUCGUGGGGUUCCUGUUCGAAGACAUGUGACGAAGGCUCUCAGAAACGCAUGCGUGACUGCUCAGAUCCAGCACCAGCACAUGGUGGAAAAGUUUGCAUGGGAGAGGCCAUAGAAACCAAAAAAUGCAAUCUUAAGUUAUGCCCAGGUUUGCAUUUAAAAAAUUAAGUUGCAGUGAUAAGGUUCUUUGAUCUUAAUUAUCAAAUUGACAGGAAUUCAGACACGCACAGAACACGUGUAAACAGCCUCACAAGUCGACUGACCGACGGACUGAUUACUAAUUGGCUGGAUUAAUUCUCAUCUUUGUUUAGUGAACGGCAACUGGUCUCCCUGGUCCUCGUGGGGUUCCUGUUCGAAGACAUGUGACGGAGGCUUUCGAAAACGCAUGCGUGAAUGCUCAGAUCCAGCACCAGCACAUGGUGGAAAAGCCUGUAUGGGAGAGGCCGUAGAAACCAAAAAAUGCAAUCUUAAGUUAUGCCCAGGUUUGCAUUAAAUGGAUUUAAAUUUUAAGUUGCAGUGAUAGCGUUCUUCGAUUAUGAUCAUCGAAUUGACGGCAGGAAUUCAGACAAUCACAGUACAUCUGUUAAUAGCCUCAUAGUUUAGCGAUCAAAGAAUGAUUACCAAUCAGUUGGAUUAACCCUUGUGUCGCUGUUUUUAUCUUUGUAUAGUGAACGGCAAGUGGUCUCCCUGGUCUACAUGGUUUCCCUGUUCUAAGACAUGCGGUGGUGGUCUUCAGACGCGCAAACGUAGUUGCACAAAUCCAGCGCCAGCAAAUAGUGGAAAACCCUGCCAGGGGGUUACCAAGGAAACUAAGGGAUGUAAUGUUAAUAAAUGCCCAGGUUUGUUGUGAGAAGAAAAUGCUAAUUUGUAAUUAUCAGGAAGUAAAACAAUACGUUCACUCUCCACCUUUUGAGUUAUUUGUUCCUCUGGCCUACUGUUAUGAUGUGUUUACUUUCUCAGUGAAUGGAAAUUGGUCUGCCUGGUCUGCUUGGUCUUCAUGUUCAAAAACAUGCGAUGAUGGUUUACAGAGACGCAUGCGUAAAUGUAAAAACCCAGCACCAGCAAACGGUGGUGACCCAUGUAAAGGGAAUGCCAGUGAAGUCCAGACUUGCAGUUUACAAUUCUGCCCAGGUCUAACCACUUCUAUGUUAGAUAAUGUUGCUUAUAUUCUAAUUCGCUACCCCGCUUAAACGAAUAUAAAACAUUUAUCAUGUUAUAAGCAACCAAAGUUGGGGUGUGUCGACAUGAGCUGUGUGCGACCCUCUUUAUUAUGUCUUGCAAGCAAAAUUACAGACACUCUGAAAGGCUCAAAACAUUACAUGCAAACAACUAAUAAUACAAUAAACGCACUGACUCUUAUGCAGUAUUUUUUGCAUACCAUGCAACACCCCACACACUAGGUUACGUAACCACGAUAAAUUCAUUUUCUUUCACCCAACCUGUGCCGGUAAGUAUAUACCAAUGUAGUGAUCUCCAAGCUGAAGUUGAAAAAUAUAGCUGGGCGUUUGUGAACAUUAUAUAAUGAUAGUAGCUGCAUUAGAUAACGAAAAAUAAAAUUUAGGUUGAGGAAUAAUAUAAUGACGGCAAAACCUUCGAUAAUUCUCUCGUUUGCUACCAAACAACUGCCGAGAAUCUUUUCACCGAGAACACUGUUGCCCUUUUUUUAGUUCCGUUAGAUAUAGUUCACUCAGCUUGAAAUGAUUAUAAGCAAUAAUCUCAUUUGUUUUACUUCAUAUGCAACGUAAAUGAGAAGGAUAAAUCCCAAGCUUGUGUUGCUUUGGUUUUCACAGUGAAUGGUCAGUGGGGCUCUUGGCAAGCCUGGAACGCAUGCUCUGUAAGCUGUAAAGGUGGCGUCCAGAGACGUAAACGUAGCUGUAAUAAUCCCUCUCCGGCACAUGGUGGCACUGACUGUGUCGGGGUCUCUAUGGUGACACAAAGCUGUAACUUAAAGCCCUGUCCAGGUAUAGCCAUUUCAAAAUUUAUUAAUAGAACGAACGAAACGGCGAGUAAGUGAGGCAAUGAGGUUAGAAGCAAGAAGGGCACAAAUUAUAUGGAUUACGUUUGUGUAAUAAUAGUCGUAAUUGCUAUUUACGCAGUUAAUGGUGGUUGGAGCCCUUGGAACAAUUGGAGCAGUUGUCAGCGAACUUGUGGUGGGGGCACUCAGCUUAGAUAUAGAACUUGUACUCACCCUCUCCCACAGCAUCAUGGGAAGCCAUGUAUAGGACAAGGCUCAAUGUCCCGGAGUUGCAACACGUUCUCAUGCCCCCGCGGUAUGUUGGAUUUUUUAUUCAGUUCAGGUCACUUACGACGAAGUGGCAAAGCGGAUGCAGAAAAGUUUCCUCUUGAGCGCUUCAUUCUCUGGCUGCAAACUCUCCAACCCUGUUUACGUUUGCGUUCAUUUUUCAGAACGGAAAUGAGGAAUGACGAGCAUCUUGCGACAUUGUUUACUGAAACUCACGCGAAAUUGUUAUGUUUUCAAUCAAUUUGUGAGAAAAAUAGCGCUAGUACCUCGCUUUAAAGAAAGCACAUUGUCUAUCAAGCAUUGGGAUGUUUGAAGUGAAUCGCUUUUUAUCGCUCUUUGCAAAAAAAAUAUUCAUAAUAGACUUACAUCAUAACAUGCUACUAAGUGAACUUUCCUGCGUACUAUUGACAGGAAAGACUGAAUAAAUGAUUUGGGGUUUGAAGGUUUAAGUCUGAAAUUUAAAAAAAAUGGAAAAUUGGCUGCAGGGCAUCUCCAGUACAAGUCAAUUUUCUUUUUGUUUUAAUAGAAUAGAAAACAAGAAUGAAAUUCACUAGUUUCUUUUUCCUUCUAUCAGGAAAACGUUUGGUUUUGUGCGAAAACAAUAUGGGCAGAAUAGUUAAGUGCGGUCUUUUUCGACGGAUCCGAAUUCACUGGGUACACUAUGGGUACAUUGAGGGUGACAGAGCUUGUGGAAGCACAUACAAGGACACUUGUUCCUCGCAAAAGGCUGUUCGUGUUCUGAAAAGAUGGUGCGAGGGGAAGUUCUUUUGUGUGGUAAAACCUUGGAACAGGUUUUUUCGGGCUCCAUGUGGGAACAGGAAGUACUUAAAACUCUACUACUCCUGCUAAUGGCGAUUAGGAAAAAAUAAUGUGC